AUGAUUGGACAGACUGCGUCCGUAGAUGCCAUCCUUAACAUCACCGACUACGUUGCGCAAGUGCGGGAGGAACAGGCGCUGGCAAAGGUGCGUGAGGAACAGGCGCUGGCAAAGUUAAAGGUGGAACAGGCGCAGGCGCUGGUGCGCGAGUUCAGCAUAAACUGCUCUGCACUAGAACAUCGGAUUGUCUUGCUGCAAGAUGAGCUGCGGCGUGGUCAGAAACAGUUGACUGUCAAAACGCGCACAGCGGCAGUGCUGUGUAACCGCUUCUUGGUCGAGAGCGGCCUCCACCGGAGACAUCCAGGACUUCCUCUGUCGAGUGCAUACAGCAAGUUCCGGACAAAGCUCGUGGCUGGCAAGGGAUUGACACAACGAGGAGCAACUUUGCUCAAGAAUAUCACCCGACAGUCAGGGAUGAAGGUCAAGGCGAAGGACGUGGUCAAUGACCUCAACGCUCUCAUUCAUCAGCUAUCAUCAGUCAUCCACUACCCAAAGCUUGUCAGCCGCGGCUUCGUGUGCGGAGGACACCCACCUCUGGGCAUCGCUGUUGCGAUGGCAGUGUGCGACUUGCAGGUGUGGGUAAACUCAGACUUUGAUAAUGCUGAAUCACCGGUUUGUUGGAGUCUUGUGCACCCUGAGGCAGAGGGACACAUCAGCCAAACAGUCGCGGUCAUAGAUGGUGAUGACAAGCUUGUUGCGACGAUGACAGGAGGGCUCGUCGGUUCGCCACCGCAGCGCUGA